GGUAAUGGAUUCGCUAUGGCAUCAAAUGGACAGUCUAAAAGCGUCACAGUUGCGGGCUGUUUCCGCAUCAAAUUCCUCUUCACAGUCAGACCCCAGCAGAAAACGAAACAGACCCGACCAGUUGACGGCAGAAUCGAAACUGAAGAUGAAAAAGGCAAAAGCGAAACAAGAAAAUGUAAUCAGACAAAUGUCUGCAUCAGUUAACGCGUCACAUGCCUCCGAAUUAACGAAGAAAUCAUCAGGUGAGCUACCGAGAAACAGCAAUGCAAAUUUCAAAGCCCUCGGCACUAUUGUUGAUCUAAUGAAAGACAGACACAAAGAGAACCUUAAUUUUCCACUCACGUUUGCCGAAAUCCAGGAUGCUCUGCACGAAAAAUUCGGAAGAAGUUCUUUUUACAUUUCGCCGAAAGAGAUGGCAUGGUUAAAAGACGAAGCCUUGCCAAACAACCCAAAAAUACAUAUGGAUGAAGAAAAGAGGUUCACAUAUAAGCCGCCCUAUUCCAUCAAUAACAAAAAGCAGUUGCUAAGGUUGCUGAAGAAUUAUGAUUUACACGGGGAAGGAGGACUGUUAGUUGAAGAUAUCGAAGAGUCUUUGCCACGAGAAAAAGCUAAAAACACAGUAGCCCAAGUAAAAGACAUGGUCAUCACAAUUACACGCAGUGACAAAAAGCAAGUGCUGUUCCUGAACGACAGAUCACUUGACAUAGAAGUGGACGAAGACAUCCAGAAACUGUGGAACUCAGUUCAAGUUGCUGGAAUGGACCACGGAAAGAUCGAAGAGUACCUACAGAAACACGAAAUACAAUCAAUGCAGGAUACAGGCGGAGGGAAUAAGAACUCGAAACACUUGAAGAAAAAGUCAGCUCCUAAGAAGAAACGGUAUUGGGCACAGAAGGUGCAUAAUACCCAUAUGGGCGAUGUGCUUCAAGAUUAUUCGGACAGGGCGGGUCCGGGUGCUCAGAAGUUCGAGAAGUAGCUUUCUGUUUACAUAUCGGGUAGCCAGUCUGUUUAUUCUUUCUUUUGUUAAAGUUAAAGUUGGAAUUUACACAUGCUCAAAGAGGUUGGCUAUCUGCUCUGGGUGCAAAAUAAAAACUGAUCGUUAAUCUUUAUUUAUUGUCUUAGUUGUUUCUACUAGUUAUGGAAGUAUUUC